CUGACAAGCCCGAAAGUCAUUUCCAACCUCAAGUGGACUUUGUUCCAACUAUUGGGGGCGUCGCUCCCACUCUUCAUGGUCGCCGGCAAACUUCCUCCUCGGCGCUGCUUCUAAUGGAGCCCCACCUGCUCGGGCUGCUACUCGGCCUCCUGCUCGGUGGCACCAGGGUCCUCGCCGGCUACCCAAUUUGGUGGUCCCUGGCCCUGGGCCAGCAGUACACAUCUUUGGGCUCCCAGCCCCUGCUCUGCGGCUCUAUCCCAGGCCUGGUCCCCAAGCAACUGCGCUUCUGCCGCAAUUACAUCGAAAUCAUGCCCAGUGUGGCAGAAGGCGUGAAGCUGGGCAUCCAGGAGUGCCAGCACCAGUUCCGAGGCCGCCGCUGGAACUGCACCACCAUAGAUGACAGCCUGGCCAUCUUUGGACCUGUUCUGGACAAAGCCACCCGCGAGUCGGCCUUCGUGCACGCCAUCGCCUCGGCUGGCGUAGCUUUCGCGGUCACGCGUUCCUGUGCCGAGGGCACCUCCACCAUCUGCGGCUGUGACUCUCAUCAUAAGGGGCCACCUGGUGAAGGCUGGAAGUGGGGCGGCUGCAGCGAGGACGCUGACUUCGGGGUGCUGGUGUCCCGGGAGUUUGCAGACGCACGUGAGAACAGGCCAGAUGCGCGCUCGGCCAUGAACAAGCACAACAAUGAGGCAGGCCGCACGACCAUCCUGGACCACAUGCACCUCAAGUGCAAGUGCCAUGGGCUGUCAGGCAGCUGUGAGGUUAAGACCUGCUGGUGGGCCCAGCCCGACUUCCGCGCCAUUGGUGACUUCCUCAAGGACAAAUAUGACAGCGCCUCCGAGAUGGUUGUGGAGAAGCACCGGGAAUCCCGGGGCUGGGUGGAGACGCUCCGGGCCAAGUAUGCACUCUUUAAGCCACCCACUGAGAGGGACCUGGUGUACUAUGAGAACUCCCCCAACUUUUGUGAGCCCAACCCAGAGACAGGCUCCUUUGGCACCAGGGACCGGACUUGCAAUGUCACCUCCCAUGGCAUCGAUGGUUGCGAUCUGCUCUGCUGUGGCCGUGGCCACAACACGAGGACCGAGAAGCGGAAGGAGAAGUGUCAUUGCAUCUUCCACUGGUGCUGCUACGUCAGCUGCCAGGAAUGCAUCCGCAUCUAUGAUGUGCACACCUGCAAGUAGG